AUGAUCACAUGCAAAUCACAUGGUCAUCCGAGCGCGCUUGCAGCAUCGCGCGUCGCGUUGAGUCAGAACGUGCCCCUUGACCUGGAGAACCCGGACUUCCUUGCGCCGCCUACGACUGACAAUGGCGAAGUGUCCGUGCCCAACGCCAAGUGGCCGUUCAGAGUGAGCCACAACCGCCUCCAAACUGGUGGAUGGGCUCGUCAGCAGAACAUCAACCAGCUGCCUGCCGCCACCGAGUUGGCAGGAGUUGACCUGCACCUCGAGGCUGGCGCUAUUCGCGAAAUCUACUGGCACACCGUGCCUGAGCGGGCGUAUGUGACUAAGGGCUCCGUGCAAGUGACAGCCGUCAACCAGCUCGGCCAAAACUUUGUCGGAACUGCAAACCAGGGCGAUCUGUGGUUCUUCCCCGCCGGUGUCCCUCACUCCCUUCAGGCCACGAAUGCGACCGAGGACGGGACUGAAUUCCUUCUGGUCUUUGACAAUGGCACCUUCGACGAGGACGGCACGUUCCUCAUCACCGACUGGCUGGCACACACCCCGAAGGAAGUCAUCGCUAAGAACUUCCAGGCGCCCAUCUCCGUCUUCAACGAGCUUCCGGGCGAGGAGCUCUACAUCUUCCCUGCGGCGUCCCCGGGUCCCGACUCGGACGCGCCAGUGAGCCCGUACGGCACCGUGCCGAACUCAUACACAUUCACGAUGUCCCAGAUGCCCGCGAUUGAACUCUCAGGAGGGUCUGUCAAGAUUGUGGACUCGCAUGUGUUCAGCACCUCGAAGACGACGGCUGUCGCAGAGGUGGCGGUCAACCCUGGCGGGAUGCGCGAGCCGCACUGGCAUCCGACCCAGGACAAAUGGACGUAUUUCUUGGAGGGAAAUGCGCGUGUCGCAGUGUUUGCAUCCGAGGGCAACGCGGGGGCGUUCAACUUCCAGGGAGGUGACAUCGGCUAUAUUCCCGCAGCGCACGGCCACUACGUCGAGAACACUGGAAACACAACGCUCCGCUUCCUCGAGGUCUUCAAGACUGCGACCUUCCAGGAUGUCAGCCUGACUCAGACUCUGUAUUUGUGGUGGCUCGCCCUCACACCCCCUGCGAUGAUCGAGGCGACGCUUAAUAUCAAUGCCGAGGACCUCAAAUACUUCAGCAAGACCAAGCCCAUCGUCGUCGGUCCCGCUCCGGUCAACGGCACCACGAUUGCCUGA